CUUCUCAUCUUCCUUCUCUUCCUUUCUGUGUGAAAAUGGAGGUCAGGGGUUUAAGGUUUCUUGUAAUUUUGUGUACCAUUCUGACGGCCGUCAACGCUCGUAUACCCGGAGUUUACACCGGCGGCCAGUGGGAGACUGCACACGCCACCUUCUACGGUGGCAGUGAUGCCUCGGGUACCAUGGGUGGAGCAUGUGGAUAUGGGAAUUUGUAUAGCCAAGGCUAUGGCGUCAACACGGCGGCGUUGAGCACAGCUCUGUUUAACAACGGGCUGAGCUGCGGUGCUUGCUUUGAGAUAAAGUGUGUGAAUGAUCCUCAGUGGUGCCACUCCGGCAGCCCAUCUAUUUUUGUAACGGCCACCAAUUUCUGUCCUCCGAAUUUCGCUCAGCCAAGCGAUAAUGGUGGAUGGUGCAACCCUCCUCGAACCCAUUUCGAUCUUGCCAUGCCCAUGUUCCUCAAGAUAGCCGAAUACCGUGCCGGCAUAGUUCCUGUCUCAUACCGCCGGGUGCCAUGCCGAAAGCAAGGCGGAAUAAGAUUCACCAUCAAUGGAUUCCGUUACUUCAACUUGGUUUUGAUCACGAACGUGGCAGGUGCAGGGGAUAUCACCCGAGCAUGGGUGAAAGGUUCGAGGACCGAAUGGAUGAGCCUUAGCCGUAACUGGGGUCAAAACUGGCAAUCAAACGCAGUGCUCGUUGGCCAAUCACUCUCCUUCAGGGUCACCGGUAGCGAUCGUCGCACUUCCACCUCGUGGAACAUCGUUCCCGCCAACUGGAAAUUCGGACAGACUUUUGUCGGGAAAAAUUUCCGAGUUUAGCUAGUUGAGCGAAACUAAAAUCGUUUACCAAUGUUUUGGACUUUUUAACAUUAGUUACUAUAUAAAACAUAUGAUACAGAAGAAUUUUGUGUUAGGUCUGAAAGAAAAUAGAGAAACAGGAGCAAGUUGUGUGUGUGUGUGUGUGUUUUUGAGGGGAAUUUGAAGUGGUUUGUUACGAGUGGCUGAAGUGGCUAUAAAGCCAUGCCUCAACUCAUGGCGGCCCGCAGCUUUCUUUUUCUUUAUUAUUAUCAUCA